AUGACACCACAGCCCUGGGUGCUUUUUGGACCCUCAGCUCAGACCACCGUGUUUUCAGAACACUCUCAGAUGGGUGCGCCUCUCUUUCUCUUAUCACUUCCUCCCAGUCAUUCUCUCCCUUUCUCCCCUCCACUCAACCUUUCCGUGCCUCGUCUCUCGUCCCCAGUUCAUGCACCUCUCACGCUGCAGCAGCUGGCGAAUGGGGUGUGCAAUGCGGCGUGCAGCACGCGGGCAUGCGCCUUUGAUGGUGGCGACUGCGCGUGUGUCGACCCGCUUUUCGGCCCUGGCAUCUGUGCCUGCCCGCCCGCCCACACACGCCGAGACGACGGCUCAUGCUGUCGAUCCACAGCGGUGGGAACAAACCUCAACUUCCCCUUCUCGCUGCACAGCUACGGCCCCAACUACACCGAAACCAACCACGCCUUUGCUGCUGAGAGAGACACAGCUGUCAACCGCUUUGUCUCGCAUCGCAACCGGUUGCUGAUAGGCAUGGUGUUGCAGCAAGACAGGUGGGGCACGCAGGUCUGCUCGGGGCAAGGGGUGCUGCACCUGGGAGGCUGGUGCAGCAGCGGCCCGUCCACUAAGCCCUUUGGAGUGAACCCACACUUCCUGCCCACCUCGCCCAUCUACGACAGCGCUGCCAGCGCCAACAUGACCCAGCUCGACAACAGCACCUUUGGCUCCAAGCUGCUCUUCAACCCGCAGGGCCUCCCCUACGGGUUCAUCUACCCCAUUGAAGGGCUGCUGCACUUCCCACUGGUGUUUGACAUCAACCUGGACAACGACGCGGCCACACGGCGCCUGCAUUACCUCAUAGAGGGGGGGUACAUUGACAACAGCACUCGCACCAUUGAUGUUACCUUCAUCACCUUCAAUGGCGAGGCGCGCACGUUCGUGCUCACCACAGUGACAUGCUCCGUGAACACAGGCGGGCAAAUCGGCGUAACCAUCAAGUCCCAGCCAGCAGCGAUGCACAUGUACGGCAUCGGAGACACAUCCACCGCCAACACCGCACGCCUGGUGCUGGAGAUAUUCUACGUGCUGGGGCUGCUGUGGAACGUGUAUGAGGAGGCACGCGAGAUGAUGGAUCAUGUGCGCAUGGAGGGCAGUGUGCUUGGGUACUUUGGCCUCGUGUGGAACUGGGCGGAUCUCUUUUCGCUCGCACUGCAGUUCACUGCCAUUGCCAUCUGGAUAGUGCUGUGGCGAGCCGUGGAGGCAUUCGACAUGCAGCCGCGCUACAACAUCUACUACUCGCUGCUCGAGAUGCCGCGCUACUGGGCCGUGCCCAACCCGCCCAGGGGGUUCCUCCAGGCAGGGCAGGCCUUUCUAGACCUGCGGUACAUCAUCAACCUGCGCGCCGUGUACUUCGCCCUCCAAGGCAUCAACCUGUUCCUGAUGAUGGUGCGUCUGCUCAAGUUCAUGGACUUCCAGCCAUACCUGGGGGUCAUCACGCGCUCGCUCGCCCUCGCCACGCCCUCGCUGCUGCACUUCUUCCUGCUCUCCUUUGCGGUCUUCUUCUGCUUCAGCAUGUACGCCUACCUUGUCUUCGGAGGCGCUCUCGAGCAGUUCUCCACGGUCCUCACCUCCAUGUUCUCCUGCUUCCUCCUGCUCCUCAACGACAACUCCUCAGCCUACUUCUUCCAGCGCCUCGAGUCCUGGGACCUCAUCGCAGCGAUGCUAUUCUUCCUCAUGUUCAUCGUGCUCAUGGUCUUCAUCCUCCUCAACUUCCUCAUCGCCAUCAUAGUCGAUGCGUUCAUGAGCGUCAAGGACAGCAAUGUGGUCGCCACGUCGAUCACGUCUGACGUUGCGCAUAUUGUCAAGUACAAGUGGAACUGCUGGUGCGGGCGCUACAUGCCGUACCCGCGCCUCCUGCAGCACCUUGUGAACCUCGGCGCCAAGGACACGCGCGUGGACGAGGCGGACCGUCGGAUGCGCCGCUACAAGUCGAUCCAACGGCGGGUGGGGUCUGUGUUCUCUGGCCGGGGCAGCAGCCGCAGCGCCUCAUCAACGCUCUUCACGCGUGCAGCAGACUCGCACCCCGCCUCUCCCCCGGCGGCUGUGCCUCGGGUGCGGAAGCAGCAUGUGCUGACUGUAAAGGAGAAGCGCAUCGACGCCAUCUCCCUCUCCAUCAUCUUGCAGCGACGCCUCGAUCGUGAGCAAUCGCGCGGGCACCAGUCAGCCACCGUCAAGCCAUCGGACCCCUUGUGUGUUGCCAUGGCAUGCUCGUCGGUGGGCGCGGGCGCACACGACACGGGCAUGGACGAGCUAUCGCAGGCGCUCGUGCUGCAGUGCGGGGAGGUGGUCAAGCAGUCGGCGCUGCCGGUCAAGAAGCCCGUGCUGAAGCUCAGCCUCGCGCACGUACAGGGCGAGCAGGAGGAGGUGGUGCGGAGCCAGCAGGCGAUGGAGGAAGUGCAGGGUAUGGUGACAGAACUGCAGAGCGAGAGAGUGCAGGAGGAGGUGGUGCGGAGCCAGCAGGCAGUGGAGGAGGUGCGGGGCAUGGUGAUGGAGCUACAGAGCGAGGUGCGUGGCAUGAUGGCAGGCAUGCACAGCGACAUGCGCGCCAUCAUGGCCCUCCUUGUCACCCGCAACUCUGCCGCCGCCGCCGCCGCCGCCACCGCCACCGCCACCACCGGUGCUGCCGCUUCCAACACCGCUGCUGAACCUCCUCUUUCUGGUUCCGCUUCUGCUGGUUCCGCUUCUGCUGGUGUAUCAGCAUCGAUUGUACGUCCCUCCAUGCGGGCGUCACCCCCCCAGGCGUCCUCCACACACUCCACACUCAGGCAGCGGUCGCCAGAGCACGGGCUGGGCCAGAAAAGGCUGGCCGCAGCAGAGAGCAGGGAUGAAGGGGACGAUGGCAUGGUGGGAGAUGAGGGGGCGGCUGGGGAUUUGCAGCAGGCAGUAGGUAGUUCAGGUGGUGCAGGGAUAAGCAGGAGCUUGUCUGGCAAACGGGGGUCGGGUAGACGGGUUUCGUUCUGCGACAGCACAAUAUGA